AUGGUGUGCAGGAAUCCCAGGCCAGUGGAGGAAGAUCCUAGGGUAAAGUGUACGAACUGCAGAGCCUUUGGGCACAAAGCAUCAAGCAGCUGGUGGACCAUGAAGCACUGGGAUGGGUCCCGGAUCCCCCAGACCUGGGACUCCAGGAAGCUGAGGGAGAAUCUGGAACCAAGGAGAAUGUGGAAGACAGGCAAUGCAGCUCCUUCUACUUCCCAAGUUUUGUUGUGCAGGCGAGAAGGUCAGCAGAGGAAGGCGCUGCUCCAGAGAUUCCCCAGGAGACUCCCAGGAAGGCAGCAGCGAACCUGGAGGGAAUCCACAGAACCCUGUGACUAUGAGAGAUGUGUGUUCCCACAGUAUCCGCACAGGCCGAUGCCCAUGUACACCACCAAGAGGGUGUCUGUGCUGGAGCCGCACGUCCCGGCUGAGCCUCCUAGCGGGACGCCUGACACGACACAGCUGUCCCCGUCGGCUGCUCCUCUCGGGAGACCUGCGGCGAGCACCUUCCCGCCUGCUGGCCGACAGGAUGCCCAGCAAGUGGGGACCGCUGCCCCGCCUGCCCCGCCUGCCCCGCCUGCCCCGGCACACCAACGCUCUGCCCAGGAUCCAGGCCUCGGUGUCCAGCUGAGACAACACCGGCCCCGAUGUGCCUCCCUCGAAGCUUCCAGGGCCGUCUCCAAGGCGCGUGGCAUUGGCCACGCCCAGGCACCAGCCAAGCGUCCUGAGGGGAGCCCUGAUCCUCCUCCAACCCGUUUGGCUGCGAGUCCCCAGCCCCACAUCCAGACACCAGGCACGAGAUGGGCCCCGCUCCCCGACGACACGUGCCAGAACCCCCGAAAGAAACCACGUUGCAGCCCCUUCCAGCCACCCCACAAGAGCACAGGGAGCACCCAUGUGGGGCUGGGCCAGAGUCUGUGUCGUCCAGCAAGGACAAGUGCAUGUGGUCCCACGGGGGCAGCCCAACUGACCAGGAAGACACCUGCCUUGGUGCAAAGCAUGAGCCUCCAGCCUCCACGCCCCCAACCUCACCUGGACACUCUCCAGGCGUGCACCUUGCCCCCGUGUCCGCCCUGUCCGCAGGCACCCGGCCAAUCCCUGAGAAUGGUCUUCAGCCACCUGGACAAAGGUGGCUGGAGCUCCAGGUUCAUUACAGCUCCCUGUCUGGCAGCUCCCAAGUCGCCAGCCCCCACUGGUCAGGUUCCUCCCGACACACACCAGUCUGAGGGAGCCUGUGUGUGCAUCCCAUUGAGUGUCCUCUUUGAUCGCCUGCAGCUUUCAUCAUCCUCAGAUGAGUGCAAUUGGCAGUGA